AUGGCCGACCUUCGCUAUACAGAAGGGGCAGAUAACCCUGACCCGCCUCUCCGAAACAAAUCAACAAGUGAACUUCAAGGUGGAAUGAGCCUCAUCUGGCACCUUGGGAAGCCCCUCAUCGGAGAAUUCAUCAAUUCAAACCUAUCCGAGUGGGUGAAGAAAGCAGUACCAAUCAGCUCAAUCACAGCCUCACACAAAUCAACAAGAAGCCAGAUUAUCUCCGCAAACUUCAGCAUGACGAUGUUGCCCCUUGAGCAACUCGAUAGAGACACCACAGCAGAGCUUCUGAGAACUUUCGUUCAAGAUAAUAAAGCGUGGUGCAAGCAGCUUGCUGCGCAAUCGAUCAAGGCCAACACGGCAAAAUUUAUAAUCAGCAAACAACUGGAAGAAGCGGAGUCCGAAAAGAAAGAAACCCCAGGAAGAGUUAGAGGGGGAAAAUCAAACAUCCGCAAGUCAAAUUGCAAGCUUUUGUAA